CAGGAGGAGAGACAAGAGACAGACAUGAGGAGAGAGACAGACAGGAGGAGAAGUCUGUUGUACAAGUUCAUUUUACAUCCAUGUCACUUCAUUAUUAAUUAUUAAAUGUUAUUUUAUUGGUAAUAUAUUAAAAAUGUUUUUCUAAUUUUAAAUCAAUAAUGUUGUAUGUUCAUGUCUCAGUGACUUAAACACACAAACCUUCAUGUUAAUUAAGUAUUUUAAAAUUAAAUUGUGAAAUCUCUGAAACUUCAGGCCUGAAAGUUCAGAACACUGAGUUUCACUCUGAGUCUGAAACUCACUCUUCAGUCAGGGCUCAUCAGGAGGAGGAGGCCCCGCCCCUUUCCUCCCCUCCCCCACUCUGCACAUGCUCUGAGCGCAUGCUCACCUACCAAACCCUGCACGUGCUCAGAUCAUGCUCACCCACCCCUCCCCCACCUUCCAAUUAAGCGCAUGGAGUUUCGCAGCGUGGACAGAUUAGGAAGAAGACUGUGGAGAUUAACAAUUCAUCAUCAAGAGUGUGAAAGAGACUUUUUUCAAAGUUUGUCUUUGCAGCUGGUCUCAUCCCCUGACAUGUCCAGUGAGGGGUCAGAUGUGGACUGUUACGUGAGGGACCCUGACUAUGAUCCCAAAUAUUAUGAAUCUACACCCAGUGAUGUGGUUGAAAACGUGGACACGGACUUUGACACUGAUGAGCCCAAAUCUACAAGUACAAUAUUGGCUGAAGAAGAUCAGGGUGGGGAUCAGGAUGAUGACCCAGAUUUUAAUAAAGAAGAAGAUCAAAAAGAAGGACAGGAGGAAGAUCAGGAUGAUGGCUGUGAGGAAGAUCAGGAUGAAGAUCAAGAAGAGGAUCAGAAAGAUGAUCAGGAUGAUGACUGGGAAGAAGGACAAGAUGAUGACCAGGAAGAAGCUCAUGAGGAAGAUCAGGAUGGUGACCAUGAGGAAGAUCAGGAUGAUGACCAUGAGGAAGAUCAGGAUGAUGAUGAUCAGGAAGAAGAUCCACUCAAAGGCAAGUUCACAAUCAGAAAAAAAAAGAACCUAAGAACGUAUGUGAAGGGGCAAAAUAAGAAAACAAAGACAACCAACACUGAAGUUAGUGUUAAUGUGACUGUUAAGACAUGUACAAAAAGAAAAGACAACAAAAGAUCAUGGGACAAAAAACAUUAUUGUUUGUAUUGCCAUCAGCCAAAUAACAAGAUGGCGAGGCACUUGCAGAGGAAGCAUAUGGAGGUAAAGGAUGUGGCACAUGCAUUCAGCUUUGCAUCAAAGUCACCACAAAGAAAAGUUCUUUUAGAACAAAUUAGAAGGAAAGGAGAUUUUAAGCACAAUGUGAGGGUCCUGGCUGAAGGCAAAGGACAGAUAGUAACUGUAAAGCAGCCGUCUCAUAAAACAUCUGCAUGGCACUAUUUGCCUUGUAAAUUCUGCUACGGCAUGUUUUCUAGGACUGAUUUGUGGAGACACCAGGGAUCAUGUAAAUUUAAAACCAGCAGUGAGACAGACAACAAGAGAAAGACCAGAGGGGCAGUACAGAGUGUUUCAGCACGCCUGCUUCCUAUAAUGGCUUCAUCUAGUGGAUGUCAGGCUAUUAUUAAUAAAAUGAGACAGGAUGACGUGUCCUUCCACAUCAGGGGCGAUUCAUUGAUCUGCAACUAUGGGGAAUCACUGUAUGCAAAACAUGGUCGUGUGAAGUCCAAGCACAACUAUAUAUCUCAAAGAAUGAGGGAGCUUGGUAGAUUCAUGUUGACUGCCAAAGCUAUGGACAGUACUGUGAGGACUUUGGAAGACAUAUGUGUCCCCAAGAAAUUUCUGCUUGUGGUCAAUGCAGCCAAGAAAUUAACAGAAUUCAGUCCAAGCAAAAAUGAAUAUGGGAAACCCUCAACAGCAGUGAGAGUGGGAUUCUGCCUGAAAGGAGCAGUGGAGGUGUUGAUUGGGCAAAGUCUCAUGAACGAUGAUGACCUGGCAGAAAAAAAGGCAAAAAAGUUUUUGGAGCUGUUGGAAAAAAAUUGGAAAACUCAUGUUGCGGUAUCUGCUCACCAGAGCAUGCAGGAGAAGAGGUGGAACAAACCCGAUGACAUUCCCCUCACAAAAAAUGUCAUGGCACUUAGAGAUCAUCUCAGGAUGGUGGAAGACAAAGCCAGAGCUGAACUGGAGCAGCAGCUGAGUUUGACUGCAUACAAGGUGUUAAAUGAGAGCAUUCUGGCACAGCUGAUUGUUUUUAAUAAGCGUCGUGAAGGAGAAGCAUCGCGCUUGACUCUCGAAGCCUACAAAAAAGUCAACACUAAUCCUAUCAAUGAGGACAUUUACAGCACUCUGUCUCCUUUAGAGAAGGAACUGAGCAAACAGCUGACUCGCAUCGAGGUCCGAGGAAAAAGAGGGAAGAAGGUUCCUGUUUUUUUCACACACAGGAUGAUGGAGUCAAUCCAAGUGUUGUUGAAAUGGAGAGAUGAAGCUGGUGUUCCCACUGAAAAUCCCUACCUCUUUGCCAGAGCUGGUGUGCUGACGAACAUACGUGGCUGCGACUGUCUGCGGAAAUAUGCAGAGGAGAGCAAAGCAGAAAACCCUGAGCUCCUCAGGUCAACUAAACUAAGAAAACAGGUGGCCACACUUUGCCAGCUCCUGGAUCUUGACGAACAAGAGCUGGAACAAGUUGCUCGGUUCAUGGGUCAUGACAUCAGAGUUCACCGGGACUUUUACAGACAGACUGACAAAACCUUUCAGAUAGCAAAGAUUAGCAAGCUUUUGUUUGCUAUGGAACAAGGCAGUAGCACCUUAACAGGGAGGAACUUUAACACACUCCAUCCCUCUGUGUCUGGUGAAAGUCCCACACCGACACAGAGUCAUGUGACCUCUCCGAUAGAAACAGAUGAAGAGGAUGAAGAUAAAGGUCGUGACCUCUGUUCCCCUGCCCCCUGCAGUGAGGAUGAUGAUGAGAACCUGAGUUUCAGUCAGAAACCUUCUCAGAAGAAAAGAAAGAAGUCUGUGAAAGCAAGAGACAAAAGCUCUAACCUCAUCUCUAAAAAGAGACAUGCCCCCUGCACUGAGGAUGAUGAUGAUGAUGAUGACCAAGGUCCUGAACUCUUCCACCCUAGAAAGAGACCUACCCCCUGCAGUGGGUUAGGGUUGGAUGGACAUACAGAUAAUUACCAAAGUCCAACAUCUAGUCAUACCCAAAGUCCUUCAAAGAAGAAGGAAAACACAAAACAAAUGAAAGAAACAGAACUACACAAAGUAGUGAGGAGGGCAUGGAGUGAAGCCGAGAAAACUGCAGUUCGUAAGCAUUUGCUUAAUUUCAUUGAAAAACGCAGAGUUCCUGGGAAGGAAGCCUGCAUGAGAUGCAAAGAGAAGGAAAACAUCUUGGAACAAAGAUCCUGGAAGGACAUAAAAAAUUUUGUUUACAACACCAUUGUAACGGCUCGAAAGGCUGCUUUGAGGCAGUUACAAUUUUCGUAACUGUUUGUGCAUUUAGGCUGUUUGAGCCAAUUAUGUUCAUAAGACAUAUAUAUAUAUACAUAUAUAUAUAUAUAUAUAUAUAC